ACAGCAGGCCACUCUGCAGCUACUCUAACCCGCUCACCUCAGAGCACUCAGCAAAACAAGACAAAAGAAACAUAGGACAGAGAAAAGACCCACAACUCCAUGAAGAAAGAAACACAUCUUUUCUAAUUUUCUGGCAUAGAGAAGUUCAGAAAAACUGGAACCUUCUGACGGGGACGGACAUUUGCAAAAACUGACUUAAGGAUGCAGGACGGGAGCUGGAAUGACACACUCCCCAUCUCUCUGCUGAUGAAAGAGGCGUGUCCUCCAGGGGGCGUAUCUUUGGAGGGGGAUGGGGGCAUGCUUUCAGUGCCACCUCUUGAUGGCGAGGUUUACUUGGACUCAAUGGCUGAGCUAGAGAGUGGGGACGGGGACUUUCCAGAACUUUCUGCUUUCCUGAGCCGGGACGAGAUCAGCCUCAGUCUGGACCUGGCUCGUGAGGCCAUGAGUGACGCAGAUGACCCAAAUGACCAAGAUGAACCCCCCGUUCCCACAGAGCACCUGCCCCUUUACUCAGAAACCAAAGACCCCUCUCUCCCAGAUUCAGCAUCUCAGUCAACUGACGCCACAUCAAGUAAAGUCACAUCCAAUCAGAGCAUGCCACUCAGCAGGCCUAACCAGCCCUGCACUGCUCUUGAAUCACCCGAAAAGUUUGUCUGCCAAAAAUCCAUCACACCAGUAUAUAAGCAGGACCGUCCCCGGCUGGUCCACGGAGGCCUAGAGCUCAAUGAACGAGCUACUUCAGCUACCGAGUUCUGCAGCCGAGCUGCUACCUUCAUUGAGGAGCUCUCUUCCAUCUUCAAAGGCUCCACACGUGUGGAUCAGCAAGGUGAUGAAGACUCCUCUUCGCCCGACAGUGGCUACUUGUCUCCAAGGAGCCACCGGCUGGCCGUGCAGCAGGCUCAGCCACCUUCAUCCUCUUCAUCUUCAUCUGAGCCCCAGCAGGAAAGUAUGCACCAGGGACUGGCUGAUGUUGGGUCUGAUGAGCAUCAGGGCCGAGGGGUAAGUCUAGAUGGACCCAUGGCUCCUCCACGCUUCACCCAGAAACUGAAGAGCCAGGAAGUGGCAGAAGGAAGCCCUAUUCGCCUUGAAUGCAGAGUGACUGGAAACCCCCUUCCACUAGUCAGGUGGUUUUGUGAGGGGCGGGAGCUGCACCACUGCCCUGAUAUCCAGAUCUGUCGUAAUGGUGACUUGCACACUCUGGUGAUAACUGAAGCAUUUGAAGACGACACCGGCAGGUACACCUGCGUAGCUUCCAACGCACUGGGAGCAGACAACACCUUUGCAGAGGUCUAUAUUGAAGGCACUUCUUCCUCAGACUCAGAAGGUGAAGGAUCCGUGUCGAAGUCUAGGUCUGGAGCCAUGCCACAGGCACAGAAGAAAAUCAGCUCAGUUUCCUUGACGAUACACACAUCAUCACCAAAGAGCCCAGAGGCCCAUCCCCAUCGCUCCACACUGGUCCAGCCGCUUUCUUCUACACCGCAAAGAGUCCAGAGUCCAGUUUCUUCACUCUAUGCUGGUGAUGCUCCUGUUAAAGCACCCCCUACCUUUACUAAGAUGUUGCAGGAUGCGCAGGCAUCUGAAGGUCAGGUGGUGGUCCUGGAGUGCCGGGUGAGAGGUAGUCUUCCUCUGCGUGUCCAGUGGUUUCGAGAGGGCCAGGAGAUCCAGGACUCCCCUGACUUCCGCAUGCUGCAGAAGAAGCCAAGAUCCGCUGCAGAACCUGAGGAAAUCUGUACGUUGGUGAUUGCAGAGGCGUUCCCCGAAGACGGAGGUCUGUUCCGCUGCACUGCAACCAACCAAUAUGGCGCAGUUAAUAGCACUGCACAACUCACUGUCACCCCAGUUGCUGAAGAGUUGCCCAGCAACGGCGUAUCCGGGGAUGAUAGUGUGUUUGAGGACAACCAACCGUUCCCGCCUCCACCUCCUCCGCCGACUGAGAUUAGUUUGCUGGAAGUCCCACCCAAAACCCCGCCGAGUGCCGAGGCCUUCCAGAUCAAUGAGCUGGACAUCUGGCCCAGGGUCACUGCGCUGCCUGUUCAGGUCUCCACCGAUAAAGAGCCUCAGGAAAGUCUACCUGACAGAUCUCUACAAAAUGGUCAGGCCUUAAACAAGCCACCAGAUGAGAGUCUACCAUCACCUUCAAGUGUGAAGGUAACAGCGGCUCCGCCUCCAUCACCUUCAGCUGUUAAGGCUCCACCUGUCCCCACCAAACCCAAACCUAAACUAUCAAAUGAGCAAGCAGACGACCUCUCAAAUGAAAGAAACGCAGCACAACUGAAGCAACUUCAGGAUCAGAUCCUUCUCGAGCAGCAACAACAGCUUCCUCCUCCUCAGGAAGUCCCGCCUCCAUCUCCACCUCUCCCUCCUCCUCCCUCCUUCCAGGAGCUGGAGAGUAGCACCAUGCAGACAAGCACCUUCAACUAUGCCCGGCCUAAGCAGUUCAUUGCUGCGCAGAGUCCCACAACAAGCGGGGGAUCGAUUGGAUACAGCACGCAGUCCUCGACCUCCUCGAGCUCCAGUCCGCUGUCCCCUACAAUGUCCCACAAACCCUUCAGCCGCGUCACACUUCCGCCCUUCCAGCAGCAGCCGCUACUGUCCAAAGGAAGCAGCGUGGAGUCUCCCAGCUCGCCGCCUUUCCCGCCGCCCCCUCCGCCCUUUCUCAGCUCCAGCACUCUAUCCUCUCCUGCUGGCUUGCCACAAGACUUCCCUCCUCCACCUCCACCGCCUCCUCCACCUGUCAUGUCGAGCCCCACCCGCUCAGACGCCUCCUCGCCGUUCACAUCCACUCCCCACUCACCAGCUGGGUUUCUGGUGUCUGUGCUCCCAGCCACACCACCUCUGCCACCAGUGAAUGCGUUGGGGCUGCCCAAGGGUAAUGGCACAGUGUGAAUUAAUCCUGCUUGCUUUCAGAGGUUAACCUAUGAGGAGAAGAUGGCUCGCAGACUGCUGGGUGCUGACAAUGCUGCCACAGUGUUUAACACACAACAGGUGGAGGAGGAGCCAGUUACACAGGAAGGCAGCUCAGCUGACUCAGAGUUUGUCCCUCAAAAGGAGUAUAAAGUGUCCAGCUUCGAGCAGCGGUUGAUCAGCGAGAUUGAGUUUCGACUGGAGCGCUCACCUGUGGAGGAAUCUGACGAUGACGUUCAGCAUGAUGAAGAUGCGCCCGGGGAGGUUGCACCGUUCUUCGAUCAGAAGCUCAAGCAUUACAAAGUCUUCGAGGGAAUGCCUGUGACCUUCAGCUGCAAGGUCAUCGGAGACCCAAAGCCAAAGGUGUACUGGUUUAAGGACGGAAAGCAGAUCUCGAAGCGCAGUGAACACUACCGUAUCAGUCGUGAUCCGGAUGGCACAUGCUCUUUGCACACAGCGGCUGCCUCGCUAGAUGAUGAUGGGAACUACACCAUUAUGGCAGGCAACCCAGCGGGGAGAGUGAGUUGUACUGGAAGGAUGAUGGUCCAGGCCGUGAACCAAAGGGGGAGAAGUCAGCGCUCCACACCUGGACACAUCCGCAGACCACGCUCAAGGUCCAGAGACAGCGGUGAUGAGAAUGAGAACAUUCAGGAACGUCACUUCCGCCCUCAUUUUCUGCAGGCCCCCGGCGACCUUAUUGUGCAAGAGGGUAAACUCUGCCGCAUGGACUGCAAGGUUAGUGGCCUGCCAACUCCUGACCUCAUCUGGCAGCUGAAUGGCCAGACCAUCCGUCCAGACUCCUCCCACAAGAUGCUGGUGAGGGAGAACGGGGUUCAUUCAUUGGUCAUCGAACCUGUCACAAGCAGAGAUGCAGGAGUUUACACAUGCAUCGCCAGCAACAGGGCUGGACAGAACUCAUUCAACCUAGAGCUCAUUGUUGCAGCCAAAGAGAUGCAUAAAGCUCCAUGCUUCAUUGAGAAACUCCAGAACACAAGUGUCGCUGAGGGUCACCCAGUGCGUCUUGAGUGCCGUGUGUCUGGAGUCCCAUUCCCACAGAUCUUCUGGAAGAAAGAGAAUGAGUCCUUCACUCACAACACCGACAGGAUAAGCAUGCACCAGGACAACUUUGGUUACCUCUGCAUGAUCAUCCAGCCGGCUCUGAAGGAAGACGCAGGCUGGUACACGGUUUCAGCUAAGAACGAAGCUGGCAUCAUCUCCAGUACGGCACGUCUCGACGUACAUGCCCAGUGGCAGCAGACUCGCACUCCGAAGCUCAAGAAGGUUCGUCCAUCAGCGAGCCGCUACGCCGCUCUGACAGAACGAGGUCUGGAUGUGAAGGCAGCCUUCUUCCCAGACUCCAAUCCUCCUCUUCCUGGCACCCUAGUGGAGAGUGACGACCUGUAGAGACUAGCAUGGAGGAUCUGACCUUGGAAUCCCGAUCCCUUGAUCAAGUGUACUCCAUAAUCCCCACCCAUUUCCCUAUAAACACCUCUAGCUGGGGUCGGAUGAAAAAGUGAUCGAUUGACUUUGAAUGGCGAGGGAGGAAGCUGCAAAGCAUUUCCUCACAGAUUAUGAUUCUUGGUAUUAUCACUUCUUCUCCGCCUGAGGAGGACCAUUCGCUAUGCUUUUAUUUCAGUUGUUGUCUGAGGGGAAGUGAUGUGGGUGAUUUAAGUGAGGUCAUAUCCUGCUUGUAUACAGACUUAAUGGUUCGCCGACGCACUUAACACACACAAACACACAAGCACGUGCUUUGAGGAAGGAGGUAGUAUACCGAUGAUCACCUUGUUUUUCAUCUCUAGAUUUUACAAGUGCCUAAGAAAUAUUUAAU